CUUUCAUUUCUGACUCUCUCUGAUCAGAGCUCUCUAUCCAGAGACAUCUGUUUAUGAGUGUGUUCGAGCUGGAUUUAUUUGGACCUAAUUAAGCUGUCUGUCAGUCUCCGGCCAUCACCCCUGAAGCUUUGAGACACACACUUGGUGAGGACUGCUGAAGAUCGUGGUGUUAGACAUGUAUGACGAGGAGUCUUGGAGCGAUUCAGACUUGAACUGGCCUCGAGUUGGGAAGAGGAAACGGAGCUCUGUGGCAAAGAAGAGCAGCGGUAAUAGAAGGACAUCGUACACUCAACAUGCAUCCCGUAGGAAGAGAUUCAGAAUCAGUCCCUCAGCCCUUCAGCGAGUGGGUAAAAGGCUGAAAGAUCAAGCCAGCUUUCCUGUGAUGUGUGGAGAUAAACAAGGCGUCCUGCACAAAGCCAAGUUCAUCAAAAGUGAGCAGUGCAUCUUGUCUGGUGGCUCGUGGUUCACCCCUACUCAAUUUGAGAAGUUUGGAGGAAAGGAGAAAAACAAGAAAUGGAAAACUAGCAUUUAUCACAGUAACAUUCCACUGCAAACCUUUAUACAUCACCGGUUUCUCUCAUCCCCGUCGUUUAAAACGAAGCGCCUGCGGGAUAAAGAGAGGGUGAUUAAUCCCAGAAGAAGUUCCAGACAUAUACAAAACUAUCGCAGAUUCCCCUCACGCUCGAGCUUGGGGUCCCACAGCAGCGCUGACGAUAGCGAGUACUAUGACGAUGAUGACAACGACGAUGAUGAUAAUGGCAACGAAGAUGUCGUCAAUGAUGACGCCAAUAAUGAACCUUAUGAGGAGGAGGAGGAUGAUGAUGAUAAUGACAACGAUGACGAUGAUGAUGAUGAUGAUGACGACGAUGAUGAUGGCAACGCAGAUGUCGUAAAUGAUGACGCCAAUGAUAAAGCUGAUGAGGAGGAUGAUGGCGACGAUAAUGACGACGAUGAUGAUGGCAACGAAGAUGUCGUAAAUGAUGAUGCCAAUAAUGAAGCUGAUGAGGAGGAGGAGGAGGAUGAUGAUAAUGAUGAUGGCUCUUUUAAAGUCACAUGUUCUUCAGGAAAAGGAGUUUUGCAUAAAAGUCGCUUUGCUACAGAGACUUGUGGAAAGUGCAUCAGGACGCAGGACGCCUGGCUCACCCCCAAGGACUUCCUCGAGCGCAACAAAGUGGACGGAAACUGGAGACGGGACAUCAGAAGGCGCGACAAACCGCUUGGAGAACUCAUCAUGAAUGGCGAGUUGGAGCUUCAUUCGGUGAACUGCAAGUGUCCCAUCUGCACGAGAGAACUUCUACACGAGCUGGAUGAAAAAAAUGAUGACUUGUGUUAUAAGUGCAAUCAUGAUGGAGAUCUGGUGUGCUGUAAUAAAUGUCCUCGUGCUUUCCAUCAUCACUGCCACGAUCCACAGUUACUAGAAAAUAUGAUCAGUGAACACUGGACCUGUUCUUACUGCCAGACGUCUGGUUCAGCUGCAAGAAGUCUGAGCUCGUGACCCGUUGUUAAAAGUAAAAAAGCCUGAAAUAUCACAUGGACAGAAGGAUUCAGCCGCUUUGCAACAACACUUGAA